UGAAUUCCAAGUCACAUGACAGUGCAAAAUGGAGGAGGUGGAUAACAUCAUUAUCCACUCUUUACGAAGUAUAGGAUGUUCCAUAGAUGAAAGCGUAGAAAGCUUACACCAGUUCAAUACAGAGGUGAUAGUAGAGGCUGCAGUAAAAUGUCUCCGCGUGAUCAGUGGUUUGACGGAGCUGCCCACCAGUUUGCCACCUGGCAUGUCAGCACGCUUCAGACUGGGCACGACGUUAGCACAAGCCUUAACAGACCUUGGUUACCGGGGAGAGAUAGGCUACCAAACCUUCCUUUAUUCCAAUGAAGCUGACAUCAGGAGGGUGUUCAUGUUUCUGGUGGAUAAACUGCCCAGGGAAAGUGGAGAGGCAGUGGAAGAAACACUAGGUGCUUCACUUUUACUCCAAAGAGCUAUCUCGGCUGAGCUUGCCAGACGUUUAAGCGGCCCGUGGAGUCCCCCAUAUUGUAAAACAAAUAAUUUAGUUCUCAGGGGCAAACCAGCUGGUCUAGUCAGAGAGGGGUGCAGUGCUAGUCACAGAUUUCUUGCCAGAGCUGUUACCGUGCCAACAGGUUGUGGGGACUUGAGCAAAAAAAUUCCCAAAGAAGUCAAAGCCUAUUAUAGCAAAGAUUUGCCAUUGGUAAGCCAUCAGCCGCUUCACAAGCAUGAACUCGCGCCAUCGUUGCUGGAGAAGAACGUGCAGGAAGUGACAUCACAGCAGGAGUGGGAGUUGGAAUGGAACCAGCAGGGUCUAGCUUCACGUCUCACGCAACAGGAGUACAAAGCAAGAAAGAAACAAAGGCUGCAGAAGCGGAUUGCUGACCAGUUGCGGCAGGGUGUUCAGCGGGGGGAGGCAGCAGCUUCUGGAACAGCAGACCUCAUGCAACUUGUGAACUCAAUGAGUGAUAAAGGGGCUGCAACUUCUAAGACAAAGGGGUCCCGUUUCACACACACAGAGAAACUACAAUUUGCUCAGGUAUGA